AAAGGACUAGUACUACUAAAGAGGCAAUAAAGACAAGAAAGUCAACAAGGGAAGGCCAAAGCCUCGACCUCAGCCUUUUGGCAGCCAUUUCUUUGCCUCCUGCAAGUCAAGACCAUCCUCUGCAAUUAUUUCCGUUGUGUGUGUAUAUAUAAUACUGCUUGUAUAUAUAUUACUUAUAAUUACAGACCAUACAGCCAGCUGCCUGCAUAUUUUGUUCAUACUAAAUCUUCAAUUUUUUGUGUUUUCUUGGAGUUGUAGAUCGGUUUAAAGAUUCAAGAUUUUGGUCUCAGUAGAUGUAGUGGAGCUCUGAUUAUGGAUAAAUUAUGUUGCUUUAGUUCUCAGGCUUCAGAAGGCCAUUCCACACAUGGAACUGGCAAGAAAAGAGGUGGCAGGGGAACUAUAAAGUUCGGAUUCCACCUGGUUAAGGGGAAAGCAAGCCAUCCCAUGGAGGAUUACCAUGUAGCUAAAUUUGUUCGUCACCAGGGACACGUGCUUGGACUUUUUGCUAUUUAUGAUGGACAUCUUGGAGAUGGUGUACCUGCUUAUCUGCAAAAGCACCUAUUUAAUAAUAUUCUAAAGGAGAAAGAGUUCUGGACUGAUCCAAACAGAUCGAUUUCUAGAGCCUAUGAAAGAACAGACCAGGCUAUUCUUACCCACAAUCCGGAGCUAGGAAAAGGUGGGUCAACUGCGGUUACCGCAAUUCUUAUAGAUGGUCAAAGUUUGUGGGUUGCCAAUGUUGGGGAUUCACGCGCAGUUCUUUCAAGAAGAGGGCAAGCAAUACAGAUGAGUAUAGAUCAUGAACCUAACACUGAGCGAGGAAGCAUUGAAAACAAAGGUGGCUUUGUCUCAAACAUGCCAGGGGAUGUCGCAAGAGUAAAUGGCCAGUUGGCUGUUUCUCGUGCUUUUGGAGACAAGAACUUGAAAAAUCACCUAAGGUCUGAUCCAGAUGUUAAAGAUGCUAUCGUUGACGAGGAUGCAGAUCUCCUUAUCCUUGCGAGUGAUGGUCUGUGGAAGGUCAUGUCUAAUCAAGAAGCGGUUGACAUUGCUUUAAAGAUCAAGAACCCGCAGAAAGCAGCAAAACAGCUAUCAGUUGAAGCAUUGCGCCGAGAUAGUAAAGACGAUAUAUCUUGCAUUGUCGUGCAGUUUAAGGGGUGACUCCGAUUACUAUUUUUUCCAGAAGAAGCAUUACAUGUACAUUUGAGUGGGUUUCCGUUGCGCAGGAGGCAAUAUUUAGACAAUACAAGUUUAAAAUUCACACAAAAAUCUGGCGUGCUUAUCGAAAUGAUAAUGGGAACAGUUCUUAUGAUUCCUUUUCCUUCCUCUCACUAUGUUAUAUAUCGUCCUUUGUUAUUAGUGUUUGUUUCUAUGCUUGAUCAAUAGAAUCAUAUUUCCAAAUCUUUGUAAUGCUCCGUGAAUUUGAAGUUGGGUUGUUGAUAACCAGGUUUGAGUAUAAUAAUAUGGCAUUAUAUUUUUGGCUAGAA